AUGAGAGGAGCAAGCAGCUCACGGCGAUGCAGACUCGGAUACGGGAGAUCAUCAGUGCGUAAUCUUCUUGCUGGAGUGUGUGUUGGUUCAAGUCUCAUUGCCUCUUUGGCAAAGAGAAUGGCCUCUAGAAUUUCGCACUCUGCAAGGCGUUUAAUCAUGCACAUGAAGUCGACGUCAAAGGUAUUUCUUCUCAGAGGAAAGGCGAAUAAAAAUUGCAUGUUGGUGAAGGAUCUUCCUGGUGAUUUGAUCAUCGACAUACUGGCUCUUGCCGCCGGCACCUCCCACACUAAUCUGUUCAACCUCAAGUUGAGCUGUAAAGUGUUCAAGGAGUUAGCGGAAGAAGGACAUGUAUACAAACAUGUAUCGUUGGAGAACCUCCCCAUAAUUCCCUGGAAACAUGAACUUGAAGCCUCUCUCUUCUUCGACCGGUGCAUCGACAAUGGCAAUCCUGAAGCCCUUUAUCGACAGGGAGUGGUAGAACUUUUUAGCAGGAAGAGGAGGGAGAAGGGAUUGCAGCACUUGAGGGACGCCAUGGAGGCGGGUCAUCUUGGGGCUUCGUAUUUACACAGCAUGAUCUCCAUGAUGACCGGCAAGGAAGAACUCGUGAAGCAAGGAUUCCAGCUCCUCACCCGACUUUGUGCCAUCCAAAAAGCAAGAGAGUGCCGUGAGAAGCUUGAUUUGGCCACUAAUCAUAUCUGGUUCAACUAUAAUUGGUCCGAUACAAUGACAGACCUGCCUAAGUUGUGCGCCGAGCAACAUUGGAAGCGUAUUGGGUGGUCAAAAGAGUACGAGUACUUUGAAGAUGAGAGUUGUGAGGCUUGCAGAUGUGAUGCUGAGAUCUCGAUGUUUUUUGAUCGGUUUGUUAGAAACAAUUGA